AUGAUGGCAAAACGAGAGAAGAUAAUAAACCAACUUCCUUCUUCGGACAACUGUGGCAAUGAGAAAGAAAAAAUUUUAAAAUUUACAAUGGACAAUGAAGGCAAGAUAUUUGAACUUAAAUUAGUUGAUAAUAAAUUGAAGACGUCGAAUGAAUUAUCGCAUGUAAACAAACUUUAUUAUUUGUUUACAUUACCUGAAGAUAGUUAUAAAAAGAACAUCAUAGAACCAUGCAUGAUAUUUCGAGCAGCCAAUGUUAGACCAGAAAUGUUAGUUAAAGGUUAA